GUUCCAGUUGAGUUUUAAUUGAAGAAGAUCGAGUGAGAAGGAAUAGCGAAUCAAGAGAAGAAGAAGAAGGAGGAGGUAGAGCAAUGGGGGUCGAUUAUUACAAGGUUCUUCAAGUGGAUCGGAGUGCCAAGGAUGACGAUUUGAAGAAAGCUUAUCGCAAACUCGCUAUGAAAUGGCAUCCCGACAAGAACCCUAACAGCAAAAAGGAAGCCGAGGCCAAAUUCAAGCAGAUCUCUGAAGCAUACGAUGUUUUAAGCGAUCCUCAAAAGCGAGCUAUCUACGAUCAAUACGGAGAAGAAGGUCUAAAUAGCCAGGCUCCGCCUCCCGGAGCCGGAGGUUUUCCGGGUGGAUCAGACGGAGGAGCUUCGUUCCGAUUCAACGGUAGAAGCGCCGACGACAUAUUCUCGGAGUUCUUUGGCUUCUCAAGACCCUUCGGUGACUCACGUGGUGCAGGUCCCUCUGGUGGGUUCCGGUUCGCUGAUGACGUUUUCUCGUCUUAUAGGUCCACUACAGGAGAAGCCUCUAAUGCUCCACCACCGAGGAAAGCUGCUCCUAUUGAGAGACAGCUUCCUUGUAGUUUGGAGGAUUUGUACAAAGGAAUCACUAAGAAGAUGAAGAUCUCUCGGGACGUCCUCGAUUCGAGCGGGAGACCGACAACGGUGGAAGAGAUCUUGACGAUAGAAAUAAAGCCGGGAUGGAAGAAAGGGACGAAGAUAACCUUCCCGGAGAAAGGAAACGAGCAUCGAGGAAUCAUACCAUCAGAUUUGGUGUUCAUAGUUGAUGAGAAGCCACACGCCGUGUUCAAGCGAGACGGGAACGACCUUGUGAUCACGCAGAAGAUCCCUCUCGUGGAAGCCCUCACGGGUUACACCGUUCAGGUCACGACUCUUGACGGAAGAACGAUAACAGUUCCUGUCAACAACGUCAUCAGCCCUUCCUAUGAAGAGGUUGUGAAAGGUGAAGGCAUGCCCAUCCCUAAAGACCCUUCAAAAAAAGGCAACUUGAGAGUCAAAUUCAACGUCAAGUUCCCCUCGAGGCUAACAACAGAGCAGAAAACUGGCAUCAAACGGAUGUUUUCGUCUUCUUAGCCAUCUUUCUUUCUUUCUUUCUUUCUUUCUUUCUUUCUACUACGUUUGAUUUCAGUUGGAUCUUUGGGCGGUCGUUGUCAAGUGCGUAGGAGUGUGGCCGUGUAGGUGUUUGUGUGGGAGAUUGUGAGAUCAUUAACAGUGUCGUUUUACUUCGCCUUUGAGUUUCUCAACGUCUUUCAAAGCUUUUGGUUUGGGGUUUUAGUAUAUUUUCUUUGUUCUUUUCUUUUAGAUUGUUAUUAGAUUGAAAAAGAAGAACAAAAUAAAGAUUCUUAACAAUUUUUUAUUAUAUUUAAUUUGAUUA